AUGUCGAGACGUGAUGUUGGGCGGCGCAGAGCGUGUUUGGAGUGUGCUAGGGCACGCGAGAAAUGCUCGAGAAACCUUCCGUGUUUGCGCUGCUCGACCAGGGCACUCGAAUGCGCUUAUCCCCAGACUAGAGAUAAGACAGUCGGAGCAUCCCCGGCCUCACAAACUGGUGCCAUUGCGCAUACUCCCAACCAAACUCUUAUCAGCCCAGUUGAGACAGUAGAUCACGCGUCGCAGCCUCAGCACGUACCGUCAGAUUUACAGCUUGCGCUACCUUCACAUCAAACACCGCAUUCACAAGACAGUCCUUUCAUUGACGGUGCCGGGAAUGAGCAGCAACCGGGUUUUGACUAUGACCUGUCCACUUACGAUAUCGACUGGGACUUCCCUAUCAAUUGGCUACCGUACGACAAUGAGAUUGAGACAAACUACUACUCCAUCCUAGGCCUUGAUAUUGCCCAGCCUCUUGAUGCUGGUAACGCAACCAUGAUAGAUCAGCCAGUUCCCAGCUUUCCCAUGAUCGAUGCUCCACCACGCCGUUUGUCAGCUGUAACGUCGCUUUCCCCAGGCAGCGGCCUGGGAGUUUCUCCCCAGUUGAGUAUGAGCUCCGGACGCACUAUUCCCGGAGACCUAUACGCCACGAGCUCAAACGGUGCCCGACGUCCUUGCACCGCCAAGUCAAAGCAGCUAUAUCCACCGCCAGGCCUUCAAGGAUACACCCAGCUACCCACCAUUUCUCAAGACUCAGGCCUCCAAGCCAACCAGCUUUCGUUCCCAGACCUGAGCCAUAUUAUCCUCGAAGACGAAGCGUACAGAGAGUCCUUCAUGACAGAGUUGACAUACAGCAAGAUCUGCGAUGCUUUUACACAAACGUGUCUCGAAUCUUCCAUGUUUCAUCAACCCUACGCCUCUGCUGACUUUCCGUCACUGAAGCUACUCGAGUACUUCGUCAAGCUCUUCUUUGAGCACUUCGACCCGAUCAUUCCUCUCGUCCAUCCUCAUACAACAGACCUUAACGGAAACUGGGUUCUUGCUCUAGCGAUUUGCGUCAUCGGGAGCCAGUACUCAGCUACAGCGGAUAUUCACGCCUGCGUCGUACCAUUCCACGAAUUUCUCAGAAGGACUUUGGUUACUCAGCUGGAAGGAUCAGAGCUCAGCCUGCCGCUGGCACAGGCUCUUGUAUUGAGUCAAGUUGGUUUGUUAUACUCUGGUCGUAGUCAACUCCAAAAGGCUGCUUACGAGAGAAUGGGAAGUCUGCAGAGAGUCAUCACGUCCUAUCGAUCUCGACAAGGCUUUUCGGGUCAUGGUGAAGGAGACGAAGAUAAAUGGCGAGGCUGGGUUGAAGAUGAGACUUGGCGUCGACUGUGCUAUUUCAUUUGGUUAUUAGAUCGCAUGGGACGGUACUUCUUCGAUGACCAUCAGACAGGUACAUUCAAUGUCGCGGAUCUGAUGUUACCGCACGAUGGCCUUUGGUCUCAAGUAACGUCAUCAGAUUGGAUCCAACUCCAUCGCCGCGUCGACGCGAACCCAACACUCGAAGUUGCCAUCAGUAAGCUCUUCCGCGAACGAACCGCCAAAGCCGACCUCGGCGAAUUCUCCCGCAUCCUCCUCCUGCACGCAGUGUACCAAGAAUACACCACCGUCAGCACCUACUGCAAGCGCCCUCUCUCAUCCUGGAUCCCCCAGAACAACCCCGAACCUCGCAGCGACGAGACCCAACACCUUCAACUCUCCGACUCAAACUGGCGAAACGCUGCUCUCGAUUGCGUCGAUACGCUUCACUGGGCCGCCAACGCCACCAUAGCGUCGUUGCUCGGAGCUGAACACCCUACUGUUCUGCAUCUGCACUUUUCGCGCGUUGUGCUGCUCGUUCCGCGGCGAGCGAUAAUUACGCUGGCGAAGUAUCUCAAGGCGCCGGAGCAUUUGAGGAAAGAGGCUGCGAGUCAGAAGGAGGCGCUGCAGGCGGAACGGGAGAUAUCGGAAUGGGCUCAGCAAGAUGGCUCCAAAGCUCGUCUUGCAGCGUUGCACUGCGGCUGUUUCCUCUGGCACGUCCGCCGCUACGCAAAAAUGACCUUCUACGAACCCCCCUGUGUAUUCUGGGCGACCCUGACUCUCUGGGCCUACAGUGUAUUUUGCAGUAAAUCGCGAAGACCUGGAGGUGAACCACGCAGCGGGAGCGUAACACGCCAAAUAUCGCCUGAUCGAUCGGAUGACGAGAAUCCCACAUUCAUAAGGCUGGAUCGACCUAACGAUGAUGAGAUGGUGCAGCUGUUCGUCAGGACGGGGGUAUUGAAGGCGUAUAUUAGUGGGGUUGGGGAUAUCUACUCUGCGAAUGCGCCCAAGAGGAUAUUGAAGGAGGGGAGGAGGGUUCUGGAGAGUGUGACGUUGGCAUGGGGGAGGAAUGGGGAGUAUUUGGAGUUGUUGCAGGCUCUGGCGUGA